AGAAAAUACAACAUGUGAAUCCAAUAAAUUAGACACUGAACAUUCCACGGAAUUAUCAUUGUCAUCUGUGAAAAUGGAAAAUGUCGACCCGAUUUCCAAUGCUAAUAAUCAUAAUAAUAAUAAUGACCAAAUCAAAUCCACAUGUUGUUAUUCAAAGAAAUUAAAACGAAAAAAUUUAAAAAUCUCAAAAUCAAUAUGUUAUAGAAAUAAAUUACGUAACACAGUGAACAGUAAUAGUAAUAAUAGUACUACUACUGCUACUACUACUACUACUACUGCUCCUACCCAGAAUGAAAUUCUAUGCAAUGGAAUAACUUCCAAUUUGAAUGAUUCCAUUGAAUCAAAGCAAUGGGAUUGUGUUCCUACGUCUCGUCAUGAUUUAAAUCUUCCAACCACUGAUACUGAAUAUUUCAGUGACAAAGAUAAUCCUCCAGGAAAACAUGAUUUACAUAUUAAUGUUACUGGGCGCAAUCGUAACACUCUUACUACUCAAUUAUCAAUGGAAAAUGAAAAACGACUAACAAUUGAUUCAACAAAUCCUACUAAACAAACUCAUCAUUCUUUAAAGCAUAAUAAUCAUUUCUCAUCAAAUAAUUUAUCUGAAUCUCAUUGUAAUGAAGGCAUCAAUUCACCGUUUGCCUCUUUGGAAAAUCAUGAAUCAAUUGUUAUGAAUGGUGAUUUAACAUUAUGUGAAUUACACAAUGACAAACUGACGGAUAAUGAUGAGUUAUGUGAUAAAUCAAAUGCUCAUUGUAAUAAUUUUGAGGAGAAUUGUGAAGCAACUCAGGUACUAAAUUCCAAUUUGCACAAUCCUUUGAAUCAAAAUAAUGAACAAUGUACUACUACUCCACUGCAAAAUAGUCAACACAAAUUCAAAUUAGAAUCUAAUUUAUUAGAAAAAACAAGUUAUAAAACAGAUCAUUUAACUGGGAAAACUAAUCAUCACGCUUCUCCUAUGAUCCAGCCUAAUGAUUCAAAGCCAUCAGACUGUGGUGUCAACACAGUAUUAUUUGGUGAAGAUUCAUCAUCAACAUCCACAACAACAACAACAACGACAACACAGUAUGGAUCUAGUACUAGUGAUGAUAUUGGCUGGGCGAUUGUUCAACGUCAACGAGAAUUAAGAUUGUUAUGCACAGCUAAUCAUCGAAUGCUUCGACGACUUAUACAGGCAGCUAGAAGAGAUAUGCAACGUCAAGAAAUACUAAGGCGUCUAGCGAUUGCAGAUGCUGAUGUUAUUGAAGCCUAUAAUAAACUUGAAAGUUAUCGUCCCUAUCGUAAACCUCCAUUAAAACGUGAUCGUGAUCUUUCAUGGAAAGCAUUAAAAGAACGUCGUAAAAUACUUAAAGAACUAGAAGCGUUUGAUGCUAAAUCUCCAUGAAAUCAUCAUCGUCAUCAUCAACAACAACAUUCAUUCGAGUGUGUGUAAUCCAUUGUGAAUCUCUCUGUUUGUUUUUUUUUGUACAUAAUUUAAAACUUGAAUGUGUUAAUCUUGUUUUUCUCUUGUUAUUGUUAUUUUGUUAUUGUAAUUUAUUUUAUUCCAUCUUGUUGUAUCAUGUGAUGAUAAUUGAGAAAGUUUUUUUCUCAAUGUUCUAUUAUAUAUAUAUUACCAUCUCAAAUCAAUGUUUAUCUAUGAGAAAAAAAACAGGUAGUUG